UCCCGCAGCACCGCCUCGGGGUGCCCCCCCCCCGCCAUGGGGGACUCCUACACCGCCGCCUUCCCCAGCGCCGCGGGGCUGCUGUCCCCCUCCGCCAGCCCCCAGGCGUCCCCCGGCCCUUACGGCCCCGACUACGGCCCCUUCGGCCACCCCUUCCCCACAGCCACCGCCACCCAGGAGGUGCUGGGGGCUCCGGUGGUGGUGGCCACCAAAGGGCACCCGUCGGGCGACUGCUUGCCGGGGGUUUACCCCUCGCUGGAAAUGCCCCAUCCCUACGGCUCCUGGUAUAAGGGCGGCAUCGGGGGGGGGCUGCCGGGGGGCUCGGGGCCGGCGGCCCCUGCUUGGUGGGACGUGCACCCCAACGGGGGUUGGCUGGGGGGGCCGGGGGGCGCCGAGGGGCUGCAGGGCUCCCUGCAGGCUCAGCCCGCGCUCAGCCCCCCGCUGCCCGCGUACGGGUCCGAGUUCGGGGCGCUCAACCCCCCGCCCUACAGCGGAGCUCCGGGGGUGACCCCGACGGCGGCGGCGCCCCCGAAAAGCGAAGCGGGGGUGGGGGGCAAAGCGCUGCGAGGAGGAGGAGGAGGAGGAGGAGGAGGAGGAGUGGGAGGGGGGGGCUCGCCGGGCGGGCGCGCCACGUGCGACUGCCCCAACUGCCAGGAGCUGGAGCGGCUGGGGGGCGCGGGGGUGGUGGGGGGGCUGAGGAAGAAGCCGGUGCACAGCUGCCACAUCCCGGGCUGCGGGAAGGUGUACGGCAAAGCGUCGCACCUGAAGGCGCACCUGCGCUGGCACACGGGGGAGCGGCCCUUCGUGUGCAACUGGCUGUUCUGCGGGAAGCGCUUCACCCGCUCGGACGAGCUGGAGCGCCACGUGCGCACCCACACCCGCGAGAAGAAGUUCACGUGCGUGCUGUGCAGCAAGCGCUUCACCCGCUCCGACCACCUCAGCAAGCACCAGAAGACCCACGCCGACCCCGCGGCCCCCAAAGCCCCCGCCGAGCCGGGCAACGCUCCCCGCCGGUGGGCCCACCAAACGAUCAGCUCCCGUUACCGCGCUACAGACCCCGACCUCCCCUAG